AGUAAAUUCAUCUUAGCCCAGGCGCCCUCUUACCUUAAUAAAGAAAAAAGAAAUGGACCAAAGUGUAAGUUUCAAUAUUAAAUAAAUAAUUAGAAAUAAUUAGUAGAAGAAAAUAACGAAACCUGAGGAGAAAACAAGAAGAAAGAGUAAAGACCCGUGUCUUUUUUUCUGGGAUCUUCGGAACUUAGCGACAUAAAGCUCCACAUUCAUUCAAAACCACUUCAUUCUUUGACUUCUUUUCUAUUCCACGCUCUACAGUAUUAUUAGGGGGAAGCGGGGAACAUAAUUAGUUGUUAUGGCAAAAGAAUCUGAUUGGAUUGAUAGGAUAAGAUCUGAAGGUGCAAUUCCACUGCUUGACCCUGAAAAUUGUUCCAAUGGUUGGGCAACUCCACCUGGUGAUGCUUUCAUGGUUAGGGGUCCUGAUUAUUUCAAAUCUAGGGUUAAGGUUCCUGCUGGUGAUUACCUUCUUAAGCCUCUUGGAUUUGAUUGGAUUAAGAGUUCUUCCAAGAUUAGUGAUAUACUCAGCAAUCCACAAAGUAGGGUUAGAAAGGUCAUUGAUGAUGAGUUUUCUCAAUGUCAUGAGAACAAGCCCUUUGUCUGGGCCUUUAAUCUUCAAGUUCCUACCAAGGAUAACUACAGUGCCGUCGCGUAUUUUGCCUCCGAGGAGCCUGUCACCGAGGGCUCCCUCGUGGACAGGUUCUUGAGAGGUGACAAUGGGUUUAGGAACUCGAGGCUCAAGCUGAUUGCCAACAUUGUUAGGGGUCCUUGGAUUGUGAGGAAAGCUGUUGGAGAGCAGGCCAUAUGCAUAAUCGGCCGUGCCCUUCAUUGUAAAUAUUGUUCAGGAGAGAAUUUCAUGGAAGUUGAUAUUGACAUAGGGUCUUCCAUGGUUGCCAGUGCUAUAGUCCACUUGGCAUUUGGUUACAUCUCGUGCUUGACAGUUGACUUGGCUUUUCUUAUUGAGAGCCAAGAGCAAUCGGAGCUUCCGGAGAAGAUUUUAGGCGCUUUCAGAUUUUCUAACCUCAAUCCUGCUUCAGCUAUAACAGUUGAACCAUCGUCUGUUGCGAGCGCUGAUGGCUUACAAACACCUGUACCUACUACUAGAUGGUGGCAGUCAAUUGGGCAGGGCUUUUCCCACAUUCUUCAUCCAGGUGGUCCUCAUCAAGAUGGCGCCGCUAUUGCUACUAACACUCAAGAAGCUAAAGUCACUGAUGGCAAAGACAGUCCAAAUGACUUGACAAAAUGAAUACAUUCAACAGUUUCAUUGGAAGAGCUGAAGGGGUAUGUACAAGUCCCAUUUAAGAUGGUUAUUCUUUUAGCCAUUUUUAGUGAUUGGCUUUGUUCUUUCCUAUUAAGUUACACUAUUAUUAAUUUAUUAUUAUUAUAUGACAUUAUAGAAA